GCGGUGCCGAGGAGGGGGCGGUGCCGAUGAGGGGGCGGUGCCUGUGCUGGCCCCGCCCCUGGCGGCACAGGAGGCGCAAUGGCGGCGGAGCGGGACCGCGAGCGGGAGCUUUGCUUCUACCGGCGGCUGCCCAAAGCGGAACUCCAUGCCCAUUUGAAUGGCUGUAUCAGUUCUGCUACUAUGAAGAAACUGAUGGCCCAGAAGCCAAACCUUCAGAUCCAGAAUGGCAUGACUGUGAUCGACAAAGGAAAGAAAAGAACCUUAGAUGAAUGUUUUCAGAUGUUUCAGAUCAUCUAUCAGGUUACCACGAGGACUGAAGAUAUUUUACUGAUAACUAAAGAUGUCAUUAAAGAAUUUGCUGAUGAUGGUGUCAGGUAUCUGGAAUUGAGAAGCACUCCAAGAGAAGAAAAUUCCACAGGUAUGACCAAAAGGACGUAUGUUGAAACUGUACUUGAGGGUAUCAAGCAGAGCCAAGAAGAAGGCUUGGAUAUAGAUGUAAGGCUGUUAAUAGCAAUAAACAGAAGAGAUGGCCCAGAAGUUGCUAAGCAGACUGUUAAACUUGCUGAGGAGUUCCUGCUUUCCAGUGAUGGGGUUGUAGUAGGACUUGACCUCAGUGGUGAUCCCAGUGCAGGACGGGGUCAAGAUUUUUUGGAACCGCUCUCAGAAGCAAAAAACGCAGGUCUGAAGUUGGCUCUGCAUCUUGCUGAGAUUCCAAAUCAAGAAGAGGAGACCAAGAUUCUCCUGGGUCUGCCUCCUGACAGAAUUGGGCAUGGAACAUUUCUCAACUCCACAGCAGCUGGUUCUGAAGAGAUCGUGUCACUGGUUCAGCAGAAUCAUAUACCUAUUGAAUUUUGCGUGACAUCAAACGUAAAAUCUCAGACAGUGCCUUCCUGUGACAAACACCAUUUUGGAUACUGGUACAGCAUGGGCCAUCCUGCAGUGCUUUGUACUGAUGAUAAAGGCGUCUUUGCAACCGAUCUAUCGCAAGAAUACGAGCUGGUUGCAAAAACAUUUAACCUGACUCGGUCACAGAUGUGGGAUCUGUCCUAUGAAUCAAUCAACUAUAUUUUUGCUUCAAAUUCAGUAAAAUCCAAGCUAAGGGAACAAUGGUGUAAGCUGAAGCCAGCUCUGUUUGAUUAAUUAAACUGUUGUUCUAAAUAGCUCAGGUGUAUUAGCUGAGUUAAUAAGCUGUUUUUUACUGAAGUCCUGGGCUUUUUUCAGACCUCAGGGUUUUAAACCCAGCCACAAACUGCCUGUGUCAAAUGAAGGCAACUGGAAUGCAUCCCUUGUUACUGGGGACAGAAUUAAAUGUUGUUUUGGUAGUUGGGAAGGGCUCUCAACCAGUGGCUAAAAUGCCAAAUGUUGCCGUCUUGUUUCUCUUGAGCUGAUAUGACAUUUAAAAAAUACUUAGUUGAAGUUUGUCAUCACUAUAUAAACAUUUGAGAGCUGGAACAAAAUGAAGGCAGAGCAGUUGGUGUUUAAAACAUCUCUGUUGGCAGCAUUCCGCCAAGCAGUUUGAAUGUGUGGUGUGUGUUUUUGGGGUUUGUAUUGUUUUUAGAUUUUGAGCUGUUGAUUGAAUGUGAAGACAGAAACAAACUCAGGGAGAAGGAAAUAUUUAUCCCAAGGAAUUAAUAUUGUAUCUGUUUUUAUUGCUGUACAUGUAUGACUGAAACUGCUGUGGGUUGAGUAGCACAUGGGGGUCUCUGCUGGUGCCCUGGGCACUGGUGGUGUGCAGGCACUUAAGAACCUUGAACACCUCCAGUAACUGAGCUACUUGGCAAAGCGGUCUCAUUCUUAAAAUGCUUUUUAGAGUUGCUGUUUGUUGUGUAAAAAAAGCAAUAAAAAUCGCCUCAAGCUCCAUGUUUUUGAAACCACCACUUGAAGGUGUGCAUGUGUGUGUUUGAGCUCUGCAGAAGAGAAGCAGGGCUCUGUGGGGUGAGGUCCUGGGGCAGCCUCUCCCUGCUGCUGUGGCAGCCCCGGCUCUCCUUGCCCUUGCAGGGCUCCCUCUGCCUGUGUGCUGGUGCUGAGAGCUCACCAGCUCUCUGAGUGUGCACAUGCUGCAGUUUGUGUCAUGGGAGUGGGGAGGUCACCUGGAGGAUCCCAUCUGAGUGCACUAAAAGAACCAGGAAUGUACAAGGGUGGCUGAAGAGCAGCCCACAGAACUGGCAUUUCUGUAUACAGGAGUCUAACCGUGUGUUACUGCAGUUAUUUACACAGGAGAAAGGUUACACUCAGGACAGGAUGUGCACUUCUGGAAUGAAGAAUCACCAUCUGAUGAGACCUUUGUUGUGCACAGUUCCCAAGAUGACCAUUGCAACUUGAAACAUUCUUACUAUCCCUGGGCUAGCUUUCCAGAGUUUCACUUUUAUAGGUAAACUGCAGUUUCCUUCUUUGACUUCAUGUAGCAUUAUAGUUAAUUUUAAUUUAAGCACUCCUUGCUGAGCCUGCUUGUCAAAUUCUCGGUUAGCAGUGACAUAACCACUGUUUAGUUUAUAAUAUUGUAUAGAAAUGACUGUGAGACACAGAGUGAAGCAUCACCACAGAAUUAACCAUCAGUAAUGGGGCAGAGAAGAUUUUUUUUUUCUCUGAAUGCAAUGGAAAUUUUGAGUAACUGCUACCAGAAUUUCAUGUGGUAUAAGAUGAAAUUUAAGUUUUCUAUUUAUGUGCAGCUCAACUUAUUUUUAAAGUAAACAAAAUAGAUCUAGAGUUAA